AUGUCACGAAUUGAUAAGCUGUCCAUUUCGGGCAUCAGGUCUUUCAGUCCUGCCGUCCGAGAGGCCAUCCAGUUCAAUAUCCCUUUAACUCUCAUCGUCGGUUACAAUGGAUCCGGAAAGACAACCAUCAUCGAGUGUCUCAAGUAUGCCACCACUGGUGAGCUCCCUCCCAACAGCAAAGGGGGCGCUUUCAUCCAUGAUCCAAAGCUAUGCGGGGAGAAGGAAGUCAUGGCCCAGGUCAAGUUGCAGUUCCACUCCAUCAACGACCGCCAGCAUGUCGCCACCCGAAGCAUGCAGCUCACAGUCAAGAAGACGACCCGGUCGCAGAAGACGCUCGACUGUUCGCUUGCCGUAGUGAACAACGGCGAACGGACGACGACUUCGACGCGGCAGGCCCAGCUGGAUGAGAUGAUACCCGAGCGACUCGGCGUCUCGCCCGCCAUCUUGGACGCCGUCAUCUUCUGCCACCAGGACGAGUCCCUCUGGCCCCUGAGCGAACCGGCGGCGUUGAAGAAACGGUUCGACGAAAUCUUUGAAGCCAUGAAGUACACGAAAGCCAUCGACAACCUGAAGGUGCUCCGAAAAAAGCAGAUGGAGCAGCUCGGGAAGCUUCAAGCCGACGAAGGCCAUAACAAGGCCAACAAAGACCGGGGCGAGCGAGCCGAGAAGCGAAUGACGGCACUGCAGGCCGAGAUUGAGGAGGCUCGUGACAAGUGUGGCGCCAUCACGGCCGAAAUGCAAGAGACGCAGGACAAGAUCAAGGAAAAGCACGAGCAGGCGAAUAGCUUCCUCCGCAUCGUCCAGGACCUAAGCAACAAACGAGAGCAACUCAAGUACCGGCAAGAUGCCAUCGACGAACUCAAACAGACGUUGGAGGAACUCCCGGACGACGAUGCGACCCUCGAAAGGUCGAUUGCCGAGUACGAGGAAAGCAUGGAGCGAUAUCGACAGGACGCCGAGCGGAACAAAGCACAGUACAACAAGCUGCAGCGAGACCUGGCCGAUGCCCGCAAAAACCUCUCAACGAAACUGGCCGAGCAGGGCAAGCACGAGUCGGACAAGGACAAGUACGAACGCCAGAUCCAAGCCCGCAUGGAUAUGAUACAGGACGCUGCACGCACCCACGGCCUCCGAGGCUUCGACGGAACGCUCACCGAUCAGCAUGUCAAGUCCUUCAACGAAAAGGUUCAGAGACUGCUGGGCGAAAAGAAGCGCGAGCUGGAACGCCAGCAACGAGACAACGGCGCUGAGCUUGAACUGGCCACCGGUCGAAUAUCCGACCUCGAAGGUCGAAAGGCUGCGAGGACGCAGGACCGUGUCUCUGCCAAGCAGCGCAUGGGUUCCAUCGAGAAACGCACCGGCAUACUGAAGAACGAAGCUAGCUUGAUCGACAUUGACGAAGGUGCCAAGGCCAUACUAGACGGCCAGCUCGAGGAGGUUCAGCACAGAUUUGAGCGGGCACAAAAAGAGUUUGACAAGUCGAACUGGGACCAGCAACUCUCGGAUGAGAAUGAAAAUUUGCGGCAAUUGGAGGGCGAAAACGAAAAGCUCGGCAGGGAGCUUGUCGAGUGCACUCGUCUCGCCUCUGAACGAGCGCAACUCGAUUUCAGGAAGAAGGAGGUCACCGACCGGAAGCGCACACUCGAGACACUCACCACCGCUUGGAGAGACAAGAUUUCCGCCGUUGUUGGCGAGUCUUGGGAGCCGGAAGGAUUGGAAGCCACGUUUCAAUCGGCGCUGUCCCGGCAAAGCAAGACCCUCCAAGAUGCGCGUAGAAAGCGGGAGCAGGCUCGGGAAAAGCAGCAACAGGUUGAGUAUCGGCUGAAGAACGCGCAGGAGUCGCAGGAGAAGAAAUCACAGGAUGCCGCCAAGUGUAAGCAGGAGGUCCUGACCGCGUUGAGGCAUGUACGUGACGGCGCCGUCAUUGAAGACUACGACGAGGAGGUGAGGGCAGGGGAGCAGCAGGUGGAGGACCUCAGGAACGAACUGAGCCUCUUCGACGCCCUCGCCGAGUACUACAACAAAUGCAAGCGCAUGCUAGAGUCGAAGAAGAGAUGCCUGCUCUGCGACAGGCACUUUGACGACAACCAGAGCGCGAGCCUCGACCGCCUGAGCAAGAAAAUCGACAAGCACUUGGAUCCGAAGGGAAAGGUGGGCGUUGAACAGGAUCUCGUCGAGGCCGUCGCAAGCCUGGAUUCGUUGCGUGCCGUCCGAGCCUCUCACGACACAUUCCAGAGGGUGUCGGCCGAGAUGCCCAAGCUACGAGAGGAGCGCAAAGCCGUCGAGGUGGAAUAUGACGCCCUCGAGAGACGGUUGGAGGAGAUGGAAUCCGACGUCGCUGCCGAGGAGGAGAAACACAGGAGCAUGGACGAUCUGUCCAAGACGGUGACGACCAUCGGCCAGACGGCAAGAAGCAUAAAGGAUGCGGAGGCUCAGGUUGACCGGAUCAUGUCUCAGCAGAUGCCUGGUGGUUCUGCCCGGAGCGUGGAGGAGAUUCACGAACUUCAGGCCUCCCUCGCCGAGCGGAUGAGGGGUUUGAAGAGCCGGAUAUCCAACCUCGCUACCGACAGGCAGCGGAUGAAGGAUCUGAGCAACGCCCUCGAGCUGGAGCGAAGCGAGUUGAACAACAAGCUUAGCCGGGCGGCGGGACAGCUCGAGAAGAAGAAGGAUCUGCAUUCGCAGAUGCAGGCGCUGAAGGAUGACCACAACCACCAGCGCGAGAUCAUCCAGCAGACGGAUGAAGAGCUGGAGCAGCUGGAACCGAGCAUCACCGAGGCUCGGUCGAUGCGGGACGAGUCCCUCCGACGCGGCCGGGCCAGGGAGCAGACGAUGGUGGAUGCAAGGGACGAGAUUGCGAACUCGGUCAGCGAGAUCAAGAUGCUUGACAACGACAUCCAGGACUACGUCGACCGCGACGGGCCAUCGAAGCUGGCCUCGAACCAGCGGGCCAUCGCGGCGCUCGAGGAGUCGAUGCAGAAGAGGGAGCAAGAAAUUGUCGAUCUGACGGUGCGGACCAACAAGCUGAAGCAGGACAUCGACAAGGGGGAUGGCAAGAAGAAGAACAUUGGCGACAACAUCAACUACCGCAAGCAUCUCCGGACGCUCGAGGUGCUGCGAAAAGAGAUUGCCGAGUUGGAGGAGCGCAAGGCGCACGAGGACUACGAACGGCUGCAGUCGGAAGCGCGCACGCUGGAAAACCACUCCAACCGUCUGUUUGCCGAGCGAGGAUCGGUCAUGGGCAGCAUGAAGGCCAAGGAUGAGGACCUCGAAAGGCUGCUGCAGGAAUGGGAGAUGGACUACAAGGACGCGAAGCAAAAGUACCGCGAGUCGCACAUACGGGUGGAAACGACCAAGGCAGCCAUCGAGGACCUCGGCCAGUGCGGCGCUGCCGUCGACAAGGCUGUCAUGCAGUUCCAUUCGAUGAAGAUGGCCGAGGUCAACCGGAUCGCAGGCGAGCUCUGGCAGAGCACCUACCAGGGCACCGACAUCGACACGAUCCUCAUCCGGUCCGACAACGAGUCCAACACGGGCAAGCGCAACUACAACUACCGCCUCUGCAUGGUGAAGCAGGACACUGAGAUGGACAUGCGGGGACGCUGCUCGGCCGGCCAAAAGGUGCUCGCCAGCAUUGUCAUCCGUCUCGCCCUUGCCGAGUCCUUUGGAGUCAACUGUGGCCUCAUCGCGCUCGACGAGCCCACGACGAACCUCGACCGCGACAACAUCAAGAGCCUGGCCGAGAGCUUGCACAUGAUCAUCAAGGCCAGGCAGGCGCAGAGCAACUUCCAGCUCAUCGUCAUCACGCACGACGAGGAGUUUCUGCGGCACAUGCGCUGCAGCGACUUUUGCGACAGCUUCUUCCGGGUCAAGCGGGACGAGAGGCAGAAUAGCGUCAUCGUGCGCGAGAGCAUCACCAAGAUAUUCUAG